AAGCAUAGAUAUAUAAAUAUAGUUCCAAAAGCAUUUUCAGAUUUAGAAAUGAGAGAGAAAUAAAAUGACCGAAACUUCCGGGUUUUCUUUUCUCCUUUCACUUUAAGAGUCCUGCCUGUCAAAACAGUUAUUUGGCCUUUUGUAUCGGAUCACCGGCGGUGUCAGGAAAACGUGAAAGUGUUUAGGAUCGGGUACUAAUGAGAAUGAGGAUGAUGAUGAGGAUGAAGGAGACGGGCAUCGGUUUCGUUUUGAGGGGAUGAAGAUAACAGAUGACUGUUUCCUCAUUGAGGGACGUGCAGUCUGUUCGGCUUCGCUUCAUUCUUAAUACGAGCUGCCGUUUUCAGUUCAAGGAUUAUGAGCAAUGAAGUAACAGGUCGACGGAUCUGCUCUGAUCUUCUCUAUCAGAUACACACACGCUUUUGGAUGAUCGGAGGGGAUCGGAAAUAAACCAUCAUGAGGAGUCGGAGCAAUUCAGGAGUGCGGCUGGAUGCGUUUGCGAGACUCGUCCAUGAGACCAUCCUGUGCUAUCAGAAUCCAGUGACAGGUCUGCUCCCGGCCAGUGCACAGCAGAAAGAUGCCUGGGUCAGGGACAAUGUUUACAGCAUCAUAUCAGUGUGGGGUCUGGGAAUGGCCUAUCGCAAGAAUGCGGAUCGUGACGAGGACAAGGCCAAGGCCUAUGAGCUUGAACAGACUGUGGUGAAGCUGAUGCAGGGACUGCUGCAGUGCAUGAUGCGACAGAUGGAUAAGGUGGAGAAGUUUAAAUACACACAGAGCACCAAUGACUGUCUGCAUGCCAAGUACGACAUGUCCACCGGUGCGACAGUGGUUGGGGACGACCAGUGGGGACACUUGCAGGUAGACGCCACGUCAUUGUAUCUGCUGAUGCUGGCACAGAUGACGGCUUCUGGUCUGCGCAUCAUAUCGAACCUGGACGAAGUGGCCUUCAUACAGAACUUGGUGUUCUACAUUGAAGCUGCUUAUAAAGUCGCUGAUUAUGGCAUGUGGGAGAGAGGAGACAAGACAAACCAGGGGAUUGCUGAAUUAAAUGGAAGCUCUGUUGGAAUGGCAAAGGCUGCUUUGGAAGCCAUUGAUGAACUUGACUUGUUUGGAGCUCAUGGAAGCCCCAAAUCUGUCAUCCAUGUUCUGCCAGAUGAAGUAGAGCAUUGCCAGUCAAUCUUAUGCUCCAUGCUGCCUCGAGCCUCUACAUCGAAGGAGAUCGAUGCCGGUCUGCUCUCGGUUAUUUCCUUCCCUGCCUUUGCAGUCGAGGAUGCCGACCUGGUCAACAUCACCAAGGGCGAGAUCAUCUCCAAGCUGCAAGGGCGUUAUGGGUGCUGUCGGUUUAUUAGAGACGGCUACAAGACUCCAAAAGAGGACCCAUCUCGGCUUCAUUACGACCCAGCGGAGCUGAAGCUUUUUGAGAAUAUUGAAUGUGAAUGGCCUGUUUUUUGGACUUAUCUCAUACUGGAUGGUGUUUUCAACAGUGAUCAUGUGCAGGUGCAGGAAUACACAGAGGCUCUGGAGGGUGUCUUGAUCCGAGCUAAACAUGGCAUCCGGCUGAUGCCUGAGCUUUACGCUGUACCAACUGACAAGGUUGAAGACGAGUACAGAAACCCUCACAGUGUGGACCGUGUAGCUACAGGCCAGCUGCCUCACUUAUGGGGACAGUCUCUCUACAUCCUGAGCAGCCUGCUAGUCGAGGGCUUUCUUGCUCCUGGAGAGAUUGAUCCUCUAAACAGAAGGUUCUCGACAAACUUCAAGCCAGAUGUUGUUGUCCAAGUCAGUGUAGUAGCAGAGACGGAGGAGAUCCAGGCACUGCUGAGAGAUCAUGGGGUUGAGGUGCAGACUGUAUCAGAGGUUAAACCCAUCCGAAUCAUGCCAGCUCGCAUUCUGAGCCACAUCUACGUCAAGCUGGGAAGCUGUAAGAGGCUGAAUUUGACAGGACGGCCGUAUCGACACAUUGGGGUUUUAGGGACGUCCAAGUUCUAUGAGAUCAGAAAUCGUACCUACACUUUUACCCCGCAGUUUAUUGACCAGCAUCAUUUCUACCUGGCUCUGGAUAAUCAGAUGAUAGUGGAAAUGCUGAGGACCGAGCUGGCCUACCUCUCUUCCUGUUGGCGUAUGACCGGGAGACCCACACUCACUUUCCCAAUUACACAAAGCAUGCUGGUGGAGGACGGUGAAAGCAUCGAUCCUUGUAUCUUGUCUACGUUAAGAAAGAUCCAGGACGGUUAUUUUGGUGGAGUGAGAGUUCAGAUUGCAAACCUUUCCACGUUCCUCACUACCUCCUUCCACACAAAGCUCAGCUUCAUGGAUGCUGAUUCAGAAGAGAACCUUGAAGAUGAGGAUGAGGAUGAAGAGGAGGACUACGAUGAAGAUGAAGACAUUAAAGUUCACAGCUUUUCCAGCAGUGAAGAUCCCAAAGAUGUGCUUGACCAGUACUUCGACCACCUCCUGCAGAGCACAGCCACAACAUCGCAUCUUCCUGCCAUCCAGAAGGGGCAAGAGCAUGUUUUCAGUGCUGAGCACACCACCAGGGACAUCCUGACACUCAUGGCUCAGGUUCAGGGCAAGAACAUGCCUAAAGCGUCUAUGUAUUUACCUGUGGUUCCCACCAUGAACAAACACAGGAAGUCUCUGAACCUGCUGGAACUCCCACAGCAUCAACACCACACUCCUCAACCACACCACAAGGCUCCCGCUCCAGACCUUCACUUGCCCCGUGACGCUCAAGGCAACACAGACUUUGCCGCACUCGUGAGUCACCUGAAGGAAUGCCCCACUUUACAGGACCAAGCUGAUAUUCUUUACAUUCUCUAUGCUAUGAAAGGUCCCGAGUGGAUGGUGAAUAUAUCGGGGCAGAAAGAAGCCACAGUGCGCACCCUGCUCGAGGAGCUCUAUGUCAAGGCUGGAGCCUAUAAAGAGUGGGGUCUUAUUCGCUACAUUUCGGGCAUUUUAAAGAAGACGGUGGAGGUCUUGGCUGAGGCCUGUACAGAUCUGAUCUCACAUCAGAAGCAGCUAACUGUGGGUCUUCCUCCCGAGCCAAGGGAGAAAGUCAUCACUGUUCCUCUCCCUCCUGAAGAACUGAAUAAGUUGAUCUACGAAGCCAGCGGUCAGGAUAUAAGCAUUGCAGUACUUACCCAGGAAAUCAUGGUGUACCUAGCGAUGUACGUGCGCUCCCAGCCGAAUCUGUUCGGAGACAUGCUGCGUCUGAGGAUAGGCCUCAUCAUGCAGGUGAUGGCCACCGAGCUGGCUCGUAGUCUUCAGUGCUCAGGUGAGGAGGCAUCUGAAGGUCUGAUGAACCUCAGUCCAUCAGACAUGAAAAAUCUGCUUCACCACAUCCUGAGUGGUAAAGAGUUUGGAGUGGAGAGGAGCGUGCGUCCCUCCGAAUCGUCAGCCACCAGCUCGGCAAUAUCCAUCCAUGAGCUCGGACACACAGGAGCUACCAAAACUGAACGCACAGGCAUCAGGAAGCUGAAGUGUGAAAUCAAACAGCUGGAUGACUCCAGACCAAUCAGCAUCUGCACCGGCACUUAUUCCACGGGCAGUAAUGUCACGUCCCCCCGCUCUACGAGGUGUAGCAGUCCUUCUACCCCCAGUGGCAUCAUGUCACCCACAGGUACCGGAGACUCACGUCUGCAGUGGGAAGAGCGCCAGGGCCAGUGGCUGAGGAGACGCCGUCUUGAUGGCGCUAUUAACCGAGUGCCCAUGGGCUUCUACCAGAAAGUGUGGAAGAUCCUGCAAAAAUGCCAUGGCCUCUCAAUCGCAGGAUACGUUCUGCCUUCUUCUACCACCCGAGAGAUGACUGAGGGAGAGAUCAAGUUUGCUGUGCACGUGGAAUCCGUGCUGAACCACGUUCCUCAGCCCGAGUACAGGCAGCUGUUAGUGGAGGCCAUCAUGGUGCUCACCCUGGUGGCAGAUUUGGAGGUCCCCAGCAUCGGUGGAAUUAUUCACAUUGACCGGAUUGUUCAGAUGGCAAACGAAUUCUUCUUGCAGGACCAGAAAUCGAACGGGGCCAGUGAGUUUUUCUUGGAGAAAGAUUCCGCCACAGGAAUCUGCAACUUCUUCUACGACAGCGCCCCCAGUGGCAGCUACGGCUCAAUGACUUAUCUGUCCAAAGCCGUGGUCGUGUACGUUCACGACUUCCUCCCCGGUGGCAGCUGUCUGAUGCAGUGAGAAGAGCAGCUCCAGGAACCUCACCGUCAAACUGGGACCAGUGAAUUUAACAGCAGUCCUGCCUUUCACAGCUGUCAGGGUUGGCAGCAGAACAGAGAGUGCUAGAUAUUCCUAAAAAGCAAGAAUUAGAUCAUUUUAGACCACUGUGAAGCUGAUUUGAAUUAUUUGAUCUAUAUUAUUAAUUAGCAUAUACUAUUAUAAUAUGGUAUUUAUUUGAAAAUUGUUAGCCUACAUACAGGAAUUACCUUUCAUUUUAAAUAUUUAAUAAUUUAUUGUUUUACUCAAGAAUUCCAUAAUUUAAUGAAAUGCAAACAGCGACCAGUAACCCAUAAUACUGUAUUAUGGUUAAAAAAAAAACACAAAAAAAAAAAACACACUAUACCUCCAUGUAUAUUUUCUGUUAUAUUGCUCUCUCUUUAUAGUUAUCACUGCAUGUACCAAAUGUUUGUUUUAGCACUUAUUGCUUAACGAUAUAACACUACAACGCAGCCUUGCAGCCGACUGAUAUCUUUUGAUGUAUUACACCAAUGAGAAUAGAGCAGUAUAAUUGAUCUGGUAUAAUUGUACUGUAUUUUUGGGGCAUGUUUACAUGAAAAGUUACACUGAGAUGAAUGUUAAACCAGAUUUGACUAUGUACUGUACAUCACUUAGUACCAUGCAUUGUUUCCUAUAUUUGGAGAAUACUGCUGAGAGGAACAGGGAACAAUACAGUAAUUUCUUCCUUCUGAGAAAACGGCAUGUUUAUGUAAACUCGUUCGCUGAUUUGUUCAUAAGCUGAUUUUCCCUCUAAACUGUACAUUCUCAGACAUCACAGCUUCAUAUCUCAUAUCCGUUUAGUCAAAGAUUUGUGGUUAUAUUUAAUUGCACAACAUUUAAUAUAAUUAAACCGAGUGUAUACAAUAUGUUUAAUAGAGAUCUUGCACAUCAAUGUAUUUAUUUUCUUUUUUUUAAAUCACACACUUAGCCAGCAUGUCAAUAAGGACAUUUGUAGACCUUCUCAUUCAUGCAGUUAUGUGAAAGCAGUGCAACAGACAGUGUUCAUGGGAACAAUAAGAAUGAGGGGAGAUAUAAAAAAAAAUGCCAUUCGAAAAAAAAAAACUCUCUUAUUAGAAGUCAUUGAAUAGCUGUUUUAGGCACUGAAGUCUAUUGUACUAUAAGUUAAGUUGUUUCUCACUGUACUGUUUUACUGAACUAGAACUUUGAAAAUAAAACCAUUAGUUAAGCAGA